AUGGUAUACUGCAGAGCCUUCUUUCGUAGCCGGUAACGACAACAUGGACGAGACCAAACAAACCCAUCUAUCCAGCACUAAGCCGGAGACGUUCGGGGCGAUCGCGAAAAGACCGCCACCAGAUCCUGCUGGGCCUAGCUACCCCUGCCAUGAAGAUGUAGGGCACAAAGACAGGUGUUGGAGCGUACCGGUGGCGAUGGCAGCUGCGGCAUUCUUUCUCCUUUUACCACAGUCAUGCUUUGGCCUAAUCUUCGUGCAUUUCAUGGCAAAAUUCGGUGUCAACAGGGAAAAUGCAUCGUGGCCUCAAAAUGUGGCAUCAAUGGUCUCACACUUGGCAGGAAUACCUGGUUUUUUUCUGGAGCAGUUCCUGAGCAGCUAUAAGAUUGUGCUACUGAGCGCCGUACUCUCGUCACUGGCGCUAAUCGGCUCGGCGUUCUCACCCAACAUGGCUUGGAUGACCGUCACGUUCGGCCUCGUUCAAGGCGUCGUCUCACUGUGCGUGGCCCAAGGUAUCGCGCAGGGGUACGGCUUAUGUAUCAAGUACGUACUUGUCGCCGACUUCCUUGGCAUCGAAAGGACGGCAGUUUGCUUCGGAAUGUAUGGCGUCGCCAUGGCACCAUUGUCCCUCGUCAGCCCCAGAAUAAUAGGUUCCUUCCGUGAUGCGAGAGGGUCAUACGAUGGCUUUUACCAAACACUGGGAGCCGUAAGCUUAGCGGCCGGAGUCCUGUUUGGAGCUUUUGCUUUAUGGCACCGUGUCCGGAGAAACGCCGACCGCACCAACAUUGAUUUAGUAGUUUGUCCACCAGAGCGCUUCUAGAUGUUUCUUUCGAGGAUGCCAAUAUCCUCUUUUAUUCGAUGUAUUGGCUCCGGAAUAUUGCUGGGUUUUACUGUGCGGACAUAGAGAAUAAUCUCUCAGAAAAGGGUGCAGGCAACAGCUCGUUUCUUGAAUCUAUGGCGCAUUUUAAUUACUAUCAAAUAAAGACACUCGCCAGCGGAUACGCCUCACCUAAACUUUUGAGCAAGAUGUUAAAAAAAGUUAACAAGCAAUAAAUGACAGCUUCAAAAUGAUA